AUGAACAAGAUGAAAAACUUCAAGAGGAGGUUUUCACUCUCGGUUCCACGGACAGAGACCAUCGAGGAGUCGCUGACAGAGUUCACAGAGCAGUUCAACCAGCUCAACAACCAGAGGAAUGAAGACCUGGCUCAAGGGCACCUGCAGCUGGGCCAGCUGGGCAGGGACAGCAGCCCCCUGUCCCCUCCAGAGGUGGAAGGGCAGUCCCCGAUGUCCGUGCGCUACCGCAGCAACACCCAGCGCCGCUUCUCCAUGGAGGAUGUCAGCAAGCGCCUGUCGCUGCCCAUGGACAUCCGACUGCCCCCCGAGUUCCUGCAGAAGCUGCAGAUGGAGAGCCCUGAGUUCCCCAAGCCUCUCAGCAGGAUGUCCAGACGAGCCUCCCUCUCAGAUAUUGGGUUUGGGAAGCUGGAAACAUACGUCAAGCUGGACAAACUGGGAGAGGGCACCUAUGCCACUGUCUUCAAAGGACGUAGCAAACUGACUGAAAACUUGGUGGCCCUGAAGGAAAUCCGCCUGGAGCACGAGGAAGGAGCUCCUUGCACAGCCAUAAGGGAAGUGUCUCUGCUGAAGAACCUGAAACAUGCCAACAUCGUCACCCUGCACGACAUCAUCCACACCGAGCGCUCCCUCACCCUCGUCUUCGAGUACCUGGAAAACGACCUCAAGCAGUACCUGGACAACUGUGGGAACCUGAUGAGUGUGCACAAUGUGAAGAUCUUCAUGUUCCAGCUGCUGCGUGGUCUGGCUUACUGUCAUGGGAGAAAGAUCCUGCACAGAGACCUCAAACCCCAGAACCUGCUCAUCAACGAGAGAGGGGAGCUCAAAUUGGCUGAUUUUGGACUAGCCAGAGCCAAGUCAGUCCCUACAAAGACAUACUCCAACGAGGUGGUGACGCUGUGGUAUCGACCCCCUGAUGUCCUACUGGGAUCCACUGAGUAUUCCACCCCCAUUGACAUGUGGGGUGUCGGGUGUAUCCACUACGAGAUGGUGACGGGGCGGCCCAUGUUCCCAGGCUCCACGGUGAAGGAGGAGCUGCACCUGAUCUUCAGGCUGCUGG